AUGGCUUCCUUUCUGCUGAAGGCAGAUGCGAACCCAAACUGUGCCGACUCCAACGGCCUCACACCGUUUCUAGCAGCGGUGCUGGGCGGUGCCAACAGUGACUUCUUGGAGAUGCUUGUAGCGGCCAAGGCCGACGUCAGUGUUCUGGACACCCGUGGCGUCGGGGCGCUUCACUGCGCGGCCUUAAGUGGCAACUUGCAGCUGAUGAAGUGGUUGACGAGCCACGCCGUCGAGUUGGACUUGCAGACAGAACACGGCACUACUGCUCUCAUGCUGGCCUCCAAACGUGGCCUGGCAGAGGGAGUGGCUCUGCUGCUGGCGGCCAAAGCCAACCCGAAUCUCUCAGACAAGGCCGGCUGCAGCGCGUUGAUGCAGGCCGUGGCUCGCCCAGAGGUGACGGGGCUCCUCCUGGAGGGCGGUGCUUCGGUGGACUUAGUCGAUUCGGCCGGGCGCAACGCGCUCUUCCACGCCGUCAUCGGCGGUGAGGCGCCGGCGGUCGAAGCGGUCCUGGCACGCGGAGGUCGCAUUAACAUUCUGGACGAGGAUGGGCGGUCACCGCUCUACCAGGCUUGUCUGAUGGGUGCCGCGACCCUUGCAAAGCUACUUCUGGCAGCGGGUGCAGAUUCGAACCUAGCGGGGCGCGCGUCUCCUGUACGUCCGGUCAGUGAGGAGGAAAACGAGGACAGCGCCGCCAGAGUCCUUCUUGACGAGUCGCGCACAUGCCUCCAGGUUUGCGCGAUGCUGGCCCACAACGAGCUGAUGCUGUGCUUGCUGGAGCACGGUGCGGACAUCAACGCAGCUCCUGGCAGUCUAGGCUGGAGCGCCCUGCACCUGUGCUCCGCAGUGAGCAACCAGGAAGGUGCCGAGCUGCUCCUGUCGCGGGGAGCCUCCGCCUUGCUCGAAGACGUCGAGGGAAACACUGCAAAGAGACUAGCGGAACGUGCAGGAAACGACCUGCUCGUGGAGCUGCUCUCAGAGGUGCAGCAGCUACCCGAAGGCGUUCCAUCCACUCCAGCACGGCGCAAGCAGAUGAUGAAGGGACAGCUGCCGCCAUUGACGAACAGUGCGGCAGAGACGGAGGCCCCCGAAGAUCAGGAGCUUCUCGAGGCGUUUCGAGAAGAGUGGGAGCCCCGCGAAGCGACGGACUCAUUGCUCGACUGCGUCUUCGGCCCCAUGGUUCACGAUGCCAUGCUCUGUGAACAGUGGCGUGACCGACUCGAGGCCCAUACCUAUGUCCACCAAAACUUUGCCCAGGUGAAAGCUGAUGCUACAGACUUGGUGCGAGCUGUGAGCGAGGCGACACGCAUUGCUGCCAAGGACAAGAUGCCCAAGGUGUUUCACGCGGCACUCGGCACCUUAGAAGAGCUCUUGUCCGAUGCGCGUAUUGAUGAUAUCGGCACAGAAGACUUUCCAAGAAUGCUGCACUUCGAGGUCUCGGCCGAGGACUCGGACCCUGAGAAUCUUGUGGCGGUUCUUUUGGACAAGACCGAUGUGGGUGGUGGUUCGAGCAAAGCUACCUCACCCCAGCAGGCAGCUGCCACGGCCCUGUGUUCCUGCGUGCUUCAUGGUCGCGUACCUUUGGACGAAGCGGCUUGGCCUUUGCUGUCUCGAAUCGCAGAGCGACUUCGAUCGAUCCAAGGGUCCAAGGACCGGUCAGAGCAGGCCAAAACGCCGAAGUGUCUGGCAGCCAACUUGAAGUUGCUGGGUCGCAUGCUGAACUCAUUUGGCUUGCAGCAAUCUGGCCUAUUUCGGCGUGCUAUCGUGCUACCUCUGCUGCUCCUCGCAUGCAGCACGGAGCACUCGAAAGUCCGGGCAGCAUCGGGCGACUGCCUGCUGCAGCUGCUGGCGCUAAGCGGAGGCAUGGAGGAGCGGUUGUGGAGCCUGCUUCCUUCCAAGGCCCGGAAGCGCAUCGAAAGCUUGGCUUCGGGCCACGAGGGCAUCGCACUCUCGUCAGCAGUGGCGUGCGACGAGGAUGCGGCGGCCAAGGAGGACAUUGUGGCAGAAGAUAGUCGUGCAGGUUCCUUCAUCUGUGCAUCCGAGCUGAACCAGCAGGUCUGGGUCAGUCUUCAGGCUGGCCAGGAAGUCGCCGAGACUGCCAGGCCGCCUGCGGCGCCGACCGACGGUUCCGAGCAAACCGGCGCUGAUGACGGAGCGGCAGAGGCCUUCAGUCAGUCUUUCUCAAGCAAGAACUGGCAGGAGCGGGCGGAGAGCAUCAGCAAGUUGGCUUCGGAGCUUCAAACAGCUGGCAGCGGUGUCAAGUGCCUGGCGGAUGCCGAGGGGGCUGGCGCCACAGGCCCACUUCUGUCUCAAUAUGUGCUGUCGGGGCUCAGAAUUUCAAUGCUGCAGGCUCAGCUGUUGGCUUUACUGUCAGACACGGUGACGGCCGUCUUUGUGGGUGCUGCCGAUCUGCUCCGAUUGAUCUGCAGCCAUGUGCCACUGUACAUCGCGCCACUUUUCUUGGAGCCUUUGCUUCCGCAGCUCUUCGCGCGGCUGCUCGACACCAGCCAGAAGGUGAGGCAGAAGGCGGUGGAGACCACUUUAGAGGUGGGAGCCUUGCACGGCAACGCGUUGAGCGAGAUGGUCGUGCAAUGCGUUGCAAGUGGCAGCGCGUGGACAUGUGCAUCACAAACAGCCGUUGACCGGAAUGGUAGCGACCGCAGCGCUGGACCGCGCCUGCAGCUGCUCGGUCAAAUGGUGAAGCGAGUGCAGGAUCGCGCUUCUGGCUGGUCGUCAGAGACCUGGAACGCCCUGGCGGAGUAUGCUCUCAAGGCCUCGGAGAACAAGAGUGCCGAGGUCAGGAAGGAGGCUGCGAACCUGCUGAAUGGCAUGGCUCAAGUUGAAGGCCAAGCAGCCGAGAUUGCGGAGGCCGCGCUGGCCCAGCUCAAGGCGAUGGCUGACGAGAAGGCCAGGCAGAAGAUGCGGCCAGGCACCGGUGUCAGGCCAUUGACGGGGACAAGACUGGGCACGGCGGGGUCCCGCCCCAGCACAGGUGCACAAAGCAACCUCGGGGGCACUGGCAAGUUGUCCAACAUGGGAUCAACUGGAGGUUUCACCUUGACGAUGAACUCUUCAGGCCGCCUGAGCACUGCGAACAGAUCUCGGGGAACAGGCUCAAGUUUUCGUCCCGGCACUGGGAGAAGGCCUGGAACCGGCAUGAGCAGGGCUACCAUGGAGGACGAGAGCGACAACUCCGUGCACAGCGAGGCCCCGGCUGUCGAGGCGGAGCCGGGCCCUGGUGGUUUCGAUGAGGGAGUCAAGUUUUUCGACGUUAAGUCGAGUGCAUGCGGUGGAGCUGAUGAGGUGCCAGAAUUGGCUGAGGGAGAGGCGGCUCUAAAGGAGGCCUUGCCCUUGGCUGAGGCACUGGACGAGGUCGCCUUGGAUUUUGUUGCGCCGCUGAUUGCGCUUUUCGGGGAAGAUUGGACAAGGUGUUUUUAUAGCCGGAAUUGGCAGUGCCGAGUGGCAGCCUUGACACAUUUGGCAGCGAGCAUGGCCCAACGGCUAGAGGAGCUGUCGACAUCAGAGGUAUCACCUAAUGUUCUUGCAGAACUUCUGGAUGGAGCGAUGCGAGCUGUGCAUGAGGGUUUGGGAGACCAGAAUGUGCGAGUUUAUGCAGAGGCAUGCAUGUCAGUCACGGCCAUCGUGCCGUCUUUCUGCGGGACAGUUGAUGGGCGCCUGCUAGUGGCGCAUCUGGCGCCUUUGCUUCGUCAACUUUGCGCCCGCAUGGGCGACUCAAAGGAGGUCGUCCGCACUCAAACUACCCAGGCAAUUUUCCGUCUUCUGAACCCGCCAACUGGGAACAUCGUCAGCCCGGUGGCGAUUGCAAUGUUAAUUUUACGGCAUUUGAUGCCGAGUAAAGAGGAGGGCGACUCGCCCAUGGCCUCCGUUGCCAAGGGUGCCACGGGCAAGGGAGCUGCAACGGGAUGGCUUUGCCGCUUGGGAGCCCUGCGCGACUUGUGCAAGGAGCAUUCCAAGUCAAUCGUGCAGCACGCGGGCAGCACAAGCCCAGGCGAAUGGGUGAGGCUCUCCGAUGGACUGAAACAUUCUGACCCCACUGUGAGACAUGAAUCCGUCCGCCUGUUUGCCCUGGUGUGCAAAAUGCACUUAAAAUCCUUGGGCGACGAGGAGGCUCAGCGACCGGGGCGCGAGGCUUGGGUCGCGGCCCUGCCGAGGGAUGUACCCUCCAAGUCUGUAGCGCAGGUGCGGCGCUACCUAAAGCUCCCGGAGGAGGUUGAGGAAAGCUCAAGCUUGAACCGUUCGCAGAGAGUCGAAGUGAUCACGGCCAAUUCCUGGGAGGUGCCCUCCGGCUUGGCUUCGUGGUGUUCCUGCGAGCAAGAGGUGCUGAACGCUCUGACAGCACCGCAGAAGGGCGAGGAGAAGGUUGUCAUUGCUGCGCUGAAGGCGUUGGGCAAGGCCUGCAAAGCUGAGAGAGACAAGACACAGGCAGCCCAGAGCGCGGAGGCAUUUGCAGGCAUUUGCCGAGCGAUACAGCAAGCCCUGGCAUUUCCUGUCGGGGCUGACCGUCUGGUUUUCCUUUGUGCCGUGGAGCUUUGCCAGCUUUCUGUGCAGCAGCUUGCCGCGAGUCUCUCCGGUCUUGACCUGAACAUGGCCUUGGCAAAGAUUUUUCCGACGCUGAUGGAGCGAACAGCGCUCUCGGGCUUGGCGGGGGACGUCAAGGUGGGUGUUGCAUCAGACAAGUUGGUGCAGCAGCUUGCCAAGCACCCAAAGGUGGGUUGCGAGGCAGUCACGAAGAUGGUGAUAGCCUGCGUGGCACGUUCAGAGCGACCUGUACGGCCGCUGGUUCUGCUUCGCACAUUGCUGAGCGACUUCGGCCUACGGCUCUGCGCCCAAAAAGACGUGGUAAUGCUGCUGCUGGAUGCUGUGGCAGGCCACCUGGAACGGCUCGAAGGUUCAGUGCGGGGGAGCUGUGUCGAGGACAGCGAUGCUAUUCGGCCACAGCUUAUCGCGGUUUUGGCCACGUGCAACCAGUUCUCCAGCGAGACCAUCCGCUUCUCUCUGGGUGAGGUUCAAGUGAGUCAGCGAAAGCUGCUCUGCGCAGCUUUGGCGGAGGCGCCGGACUCGCGUCUGAUGGCUUUGGGCGCUGCAGCCGCGGAAGACUCUUCGGCGACGGUGGCAGGCAGUGCGGUGAGGGCGGCGUCGCGCUCCCGGAGCCGAGCCAUGUCUCCUGGCCUUAAGCCUUCCUCGCCCGGUUCGUCACCGACAGAAGCACGGACAGUGGGCAGUGCUCCACAGGUGCUAAGCCGACACCAUAGCCGCUCCAACUUGGGCAAGCCGCCCAUGGAUCCCAGUGGUCCCAGUGGUCCGACACGGAGAUCCGACUCGCAGAAGCGUGGUGAGAGAUCCCCAUCCUUCAGAGAGGUCCUUCAGCCCCUCGGGCCCAUUGGUACCCGCUUGGACGGCGGCCAACAGAAGAUGUGGGCGCCCUUUUCACGGUAG